GCAAGCGAAAACACUGACCUUUUCGUUUUCGACAGAGUAUAUUUUUGAUUUGACGUUCUUAUCUAGCGACUUGCAUUUUACGGUGAUUCCUUUUGCAUAGCGGAUAGUGCGUAAAUAAAAACAUAAUUGCAAUAUGAAAGUUUGGUUUCUAUAGAAAUAAUGAAAUCCAAUCGAUUCAGGAAUAAUGAUUGGCCAAGUUACUGUUAAGCUUCGUGUCCAUCAAGUUUAGUCUAACUGAUUCUAAAAUUAGAUGGAGUCUCGGCGAAUUUAGGAUUAAACAAUGCCGAAGGUGCCGUACAAGUCGUCGGAGCAACCUCGGGACGACGAGGAUUACGAGAUCGUGUCGUUCGAGGACUUUUGCGACAAGUCCCCGGGAUCGAAAACCGAUUUAUUGACAUUGAACGACAACAUCAACUAUCGCAUUUGUUACGAGGGCGAAAAGCCCGUGAAAUUUGUGGAUGAUGAUGGUGGGACGUCCAGCAGAGACUUGGAGCAGCUGGAAACCUCCCUGAACGGGUCUAAGGUCAGCUUCAAGGAGCGGUUGUCAAAUUUUGCGCCUUUCGGGAAAGCGUCGAAGACCACGAGAGGGUCUCCGUUCAGUGGAGUUAUACCGAAGGCUCGGGCUGAAAGCGACUCUCCUAGGGAGCAUAGAUACCAACGCUUUUCAUCUCGGCGCAACAUCUGUCAGCGCGUCUGCGACGGUCUGCCGUGCUACGGCUCCGGGAUAAUAUUGGUGAUUAUUGUAUGCGCGCUGUGCGCCGGCGCCUGGUGGGCCGUGUGCGGCGCAGUGGGCGGCGCGUGGGGCGAGGAACACUACAGACGAUUAUGGGAGCGAGCACAUCCGGACAACGUGAAGAAACCACCCACUCCAAUCACAUAUGAAAAGAUAUUGCCGGAAUUCCGUUACCAUGACCACAACAAUCUGAGCACGAAAAACAAGCUUAACGCGACAGAACUAUCUAAAAAGAAGCCCGACCUCUACAAGAAGGCGUACACGGAGCGCCCGCCCGAGGUUAUGAGCGACAUCUGCGCGCAGAUCGAGGAUAAUAUGAGGUUCGACUGUUUCCCACAAGAUGGCGCUAAUGAGAAGGACUGUGUGCAAAGAGGUUGCUGCUGGCUCCCCGCGAAAACCCAAGGCGCUCCAUACUGUUACUACCCCCCGCAAUACGACACAUACCGUUUCGCCAACAUGACCGAAACUAAGCACGGUGCGACGGCGUACUACCAGCGCAUGCGACCGUCCGGCUACCCCGCCGACUUCGAAAUAGCCAGGAUGGACUUUAAGUACCUGUCUGACGAUGUUCUUCAGAUCAAGGUCAGUUUGUCAUAUACCUACUACUCCCCGCAAUACGACACAUACCGUUUCGCGAACAUGACCGAAACUAAGCACGGUGCGACGGCGUACUACCAGCUCAUGCGACCGUCCGGCUACCCCGCCGACUUCGAAAUAGUCAGGAUGGACUUUAAGUACCUGUCUGACGAUGUUCUUCAAAUCAAGAUCUAUGACGCCGAAAACAAGCGCUUCGAGCCUCCAUAUCCUGAGAUACCGAUGGUCCCCGGACCUAUCUCCAACCUCAAGUACCGCGUGCAGAUUGAGAGCGCUACCGUUGGAUUCAAGGUCGUAAGGAAUUCUGAUAACGUCACACUUAUAAACACUCAAGACGUCGGUGGCCUCAUCCUAUCCGACAAAUUCCUGCAACUGUCGGCCAUUCUACCCUCUUCUCAAAUCUACGGCCUCGGCGAGCGGCAGUCCCGGUUCAAACUCGACAUGAACUGGAAGACGUACGCUAUGUUUAACUACGACACCGCUCCUACUGAAAACACUAACUUGUAUGGGACGCACCCGUUCUACUUGAACCUGGAGCCCAGCGGGAAUAGCCACGGCAUGCUUCUGCUUAACUCUUACGCAAUGGACGUGAUCCUCCAGCCGGCACCGGCCAUAACGUACCGCACUACCGGCGGCGUGUUGAAUCUCUUUGUAUUCGCCGGCCCCGCGCCCGCGGAGGUGGCAGCCCAGUACACGGGGCUGGUCGGCCGCCCCGCCAUGCCGCCCUACUGGGCGCUCGGCUUCCAUCUCUGCAAAUUCGACUACGGCAGUUUGAACGUGACUAGAGACGUGUGGCAGAAGAAUAGAGAUGCUGGCAUUCCAUUCGACGUCCAAUGGAACGAUCUGGAUUACAUGAACAACUCGAACGAUUUCACGUACGACAAGGUGAAAUACGCCGGCCUACCAGAAUUCGUCGACGAAUUGCAUAAAGACGGGAUGCACUACGUAGUGCUUAUAGAUCCCGGCGUGAGUGCUGGCGAGGCGCCCGGCGACUACCCUCCUUUCGACCGCGGCGUGGACCUGGACAUCUUCAUCAAGAAUUCUACCAAGCAACCUUUCAUUGGCAAGACGUGGAACAAGAUCUCGACGGCGUAUCCAGACUUCACGCACCCUAGCGCCACCGCUUAUUGGGUCGAGAUGAUGACCAGCUUACACAAGGAAGUACCUUUCGACGGAGCUUGGAUUGACAUGAAUGAGCCCUCCAACAUGUUAUCCGGCCCCCUACACGGCUCCUGCGCCUCAGAGGACCUUCCAUACAAGCCCCAUACAUCCGGCGCAGACGGUCUACGAAGCAAAACCAUUUGUAUGGACGCCCAACACUACGCCGGCUCCCAUAGAGAUUGGCACAACUUGUACUCGCUCACUGAAGCCGUCGCCACGGACUUCGCGCUAACAGAGAUCCGCGGCAAGCGUCCCUUCAUCAUCUCCCGUUCCACCUUCGUGGGUUCCGGACGCUAUGCGGGCCACUGGAGCGGCGACGUGUUCAGCGAGUGGCACGACAUGGCCAUGUCCAUACCCGAAAUCCUAAGCUUCAGCUUGUUCGGUAUACCAAUGAUGGGCGCCGAUAUCUGCGGUUUCAACGGCGACACCACUGUAGAACUGUGCAAGCGAUGGAUGCAGCUCGGGGCCUUCUAUCCCUUCUCACGGAACCACAACUCUGAUCGAUCUAUCCCUCAAGAUCCAGUCAGCUUGGGCCCAGAGGUGGUCGAAGCCAGCAAGCAGGCGUUACGAACUCGCUACCGACUGUUACCGUACUACUACACAUUAUUCUGGCGCGCACACGUCGCCGGGGAAACCGUCGCUAGACCUCUGUUCUUUGAAACACCCGAUAACCCAGUGACCCACGACAUCGACGCCCAAUUCCUCAUAGGGCCGUACCUCAUGAUAUCACCCAUACUGGAACAGGGUGCCAGGACUACCCGCGCCUACUUCCCCGGCGCCUGGUACAAUCUGCAGGAUGGCACAAUACUGGCACACGAUCAGUGGAACAAGCUAGAUGAGAACCAGACGGUCGCUGUCCGGGGCGGUGGGAUCAUCCCGCUGCAGGAGCCUCCGCCGGGCGCGGUGAGCACGGCGCGCGCGCGCUCGGCGCCGCUGCAGCUGCUGGCCGCGCCCGCCGCCCGCAGCGCCGCCGGCCAGCUGUACUGGGACCAUGGAGACACCCUGAGAGCCUCCGCCGGGCGCGGUGAGCACGGCGCGCGCGCGCUCGGCGCCGCUGCAGCUGCUGGCCGCGCCCGCCGCCCGCAGCGCCGCCGGCCAGCUGAGCCUCCGCCGGGCGCGGUGAGCACGGCGCGCGCGCGCUCGGCGCCGCUGCAGCUGCUGGCCGCGCCCGCCGCCCGCAGCGCCGCCGGCCAGCUGUACUGGGACCAUGGAGACACCCUGAGAGCCUCCGCCGGGCGCGGUGAGCACGGCGCGCGCGCGCUCGGCGCCGCUGCAGCUGCUGGCCGCGCCCGCCGCCCGCAGCGCCGCCGGCCAGCUGAGCCUCCGCCGGGCGCGGUGAGCACGGCGCGCGCGCGCUCGGCGCCGCUGCAGCUGCUGGCCGCGCCCGCCGCCCGCAGCGCCGCCGGCCAGCUGUACUGGGACCAUGGAGACACCCCGAGAGCCUCCGCCGGGCGCGGUGAGCACGGCGCGCGCGCGCUCGGCGCCGCUGCAGCUGCUGGCCGCGCCCGCCGCCCGCAGCGCCGCCGGCCAGCUGAGCCUCCGCCGGGCGCGGUGAGCACGGCGCGCGCGCGCUCGGCGCCGCUGCAGCUGCUGGCCGCGCCCGCCGCCCGCAGCGCCGCCGGCCAGCUGUACUGGGACCAUGGAGACACCCUGAGCGCGGUGAGCACGGCGCGCGCGCGCUCGGCGCCGCUGCAGCUGCUGGCCGCGCCCGCCGCCCGCAGCGCCGCCGGCCAGCUGUACUGGGACCAUGGAGACACCCUGAGAGCCUCCGCCGGGCGCGGUGAGCACGGCGCGCGCGCGCUCGGCGCCGCUGCAGCUGCUGGCCGCGCCCGCCGCCCGCAGCGCCGCCGGCCAGCUGAGCCUCCGCCGGGCGCGGUGAGCACGGCGCGCGCGCGCUCGGCGCCGCUGCAGCUGCUGGCCGCGCCCGCCGCCCGCAGCGCCGCCGGCCAGCUGUACUGGGACCAUGGAGACACCCUGAGAGCCUCCGCCGGGCGCGGUGAGCACGGCGCGCGCGCGCUCGGCGCCGCUGCAGCUGCUGGCCGCGCCCGCCGCCCGCAGCGCCGCCGGCCAGCUGAGCCUCCGCCGGGCGCGGUGAGCACGGCGCGCGCGCGCUCGGCGCCGCUGCAGCUGCUGGCCGCGCCCGCCGCCCGCAGCGCCGCCGGCCAGCUGUACUGGGACCAUGGAGACACCCUGAGAGCCUCCGCCGGGCGCGGUGAGCACGGCGCGCGCGCGCUCGGCGCCGCUGCAGCUGCUGGCCGCGCCCGCCGCCCGCAGCGCCGCCGGCCAGCUGAGCCUCCGCCGGGCGCGGUGAGCACGGCGCGCGCGCGCUCGGCGCCGCUGCAGCUGCUGGCCGCGCCCGCCGCCCGCAGCGCCGCCGGCCAGCUGUACUGGGACCAUGGAGACACCCUGAGAGCCUCCGCCGGGCGCGGUGAGCACGGCGCGCGCGCGCUCGGCGCCGCUGCAGCUGCUGGCCGCGCCCGCCGCCCGCAGCGCCGCCGGCCAGCUGAGCCUCCGCCGGGCGCGGUGAGCACGGCGCGCGCGCGCUCGGCGCCGCUGCAGCUGCUGGCCGCGCCCGCCGCCCGCAGCGCCGCCGGCCAGCUGUACUGGGACCAUGGAGACACCCUGAGAGCCUCCGCCGGGCGCGGUGAGCACGGCGCGCGCGCGCUCGGCGCCGCUGCAGCUGCUGGCCGCGCCCGCCGCCCGCAGCGCCGCCGGCCAGCUGGCGGUGGGAUCAUCCCGCUGCAGGAGCCUCCGCCGGGCGCGGUGAGCACGGCGCGCGCGCGCUCGGCGCCGCUGCAGCUGCUGGCCGCGCCCGCCGCCCGCAGCGCCGCCGGCCAGCUGUACUGGGACCAUGGAGACACACUGAACAGCUACGAAGAGAAGCAAUACAGCCACAUAGAAUUCUUCCUCACAAACACCGAACUAAAAAGCGAAGUCCACUGGUGGGGCUACGGCGUGCCUCCCGUCAACAAGGUCACUCUACUUGGCCAAGAAUUACCCGUACAGACUGUCUCUAUAAACAACGCGCCGUGCGUCACCCCUUGCCGGUUCACAUACAACCCGAAGAAUAAGGUAUUGGAGAUAUUCAAUAUGACGCUAGCUUUGGAUAAGCCGUUCAGUAUUAAAUGGACGUUUAAGUUGAUGUUCACGCCGUUUGUCAAUAGGGUGGAGAAAGUUAGAAAUGAUACGUUAGUUUGAACGAAAAACAUUUAUUUGUCGUUGGUUUUGUGGAUCAGCUAUCUAUUAAAGAUAUAGAUCAGCGCAUGCUAUAAACAACUGCAUGUUUUUAAUAAAGUUCAUAAUCGAAUGAGAAUAUUACCAAUGUGGUGUCGCUCGUCAACAAAGUUACUCUACUUAACCAAGAGCUCCCUGUACAGGCGCGUGUUGAAAACGACUUUACACGUUUUUGAUAAAGUCGAAAAUCGAAUGAGAAUCUGCCAAUGUGGUGUUCGUCAACAAGGUCACUCUACUUGGCCACGAGCAACCCGUUCAGAUGAUACGAUGGUUUUAGGGGAAUAAACAUAAAUGUUGCGUGUAGAAGGCCCUUUUAAAUGCCUACUAAAGCGCGAUUUAAAUACGACUAUUACGUUUGUUGGUAAAGUUCAAAAUCAAAUGAAAAUCGUGGAAAUGCGAUAUAUUUUCCUCUUGGUAUUGUGGGUUGACAUAAAUGUCUACCAAAGGAGCACAUACUGAAAAGGAUUGUGUAGGUUUAUUUAUAGGGUUCAAAAUCAAAUAAGAAUGGUGGCGUUAAAUCAAAGAGAUCUUGAAGUUGUAAAUUUAAAACUGAAUUUAGAUUUUAGACUUUUGUUUGUCUCACUAAUUGACGUAGAUGAAAGGUUCAAUAUUGCAUUUUAUGCAUUUAGUAAGUUAAACGUCAAUAUUGUAAAAUUAAAAAAAUACUAUGUAUUUCUUACGAGAGUCCCUUGUGUGUAAGAUACAUUUUAAAGUCAAAUUUAUAAGGUCAUAAGAGUCAUAAGCAAUGUUUUUAGAAGUUGUCCAAAGAAAAUUACUUUAAUAUGUAAUGUAUGCAUUAUAGAAAAUAAGAUAUAAGCUAUAGUUUAUCAAAAAUAACGUUUUGGUUACAAUAAAUGGCUAUGUGCACGACAGUGACACCGCUCUGUGUUAACUGUACUUAUCAAGCAUUUUUUCCCACUAUUAUAAUGGUCUAACUCUAAACUCCUACAAGUAUUCAAAACCCUAUU